CCAUUUUAUGAUGUUGAGAAAGUUACUCAUAUAAUUACCGCAAGGCUAUUCAAAAAUGAAAACAAUGAAAACAAAGAGGACGAAAUAAAACGAUGUAUUAAUGAAACUGUGGCCGCCGCUACACAAUCCUUGCUCAAAAAGCAUACCUCGACAGCAACACCCAAAACUUCUACAAAGAGGUCUUUUGGUACAAACAUAACUAACAAAAACGCCAUGCAAAAUGACACUACAAAGAAAAGGGUAAAACUAGACAGUUCCGAAAUCAGAUUGCUCGACACAUCAUCGGUUGAUCCGCCGAAAGUGGAUCAUUCAUUCCUACAGUCUUCGUCGACUGAUGUUGCAAAACCUGCUAAAAAUCAAAUUUUUUCAAUUAUAGUUGGUGAUAGUGCACAUCUUCAUCGACCUAUAAUUUCGCGACAGUACUUGGGUGAAGAGCAUCUCAUAAGCUUUCAUUUUGAUAUACCUGAUACAGUGUCCCCAUUUCAAACCUAUUCCAAAAAGAAAUCAAUUCAAACUAAGCUUUCUGCAAGUUUAAGUGUCGCUAACAAUGCAGUGCCUGCAAAUGCGCAAGCAAAUCCAACUAAAGAUGGUGACCAAGAAAAGCGCGAAAAUGAAGUUAAAAGAAUUGUCUUGCCACUUAAAGAUGAAUCUGGAUAUUGUGAAUACUGUUCGGUUAAAUAUGAAAGCCUUGCACAGGUUAAGAUCGAUUUUGAAUCUGAC